CCAGUUUGUUGCGAGAACUCCUCUCUGCUGUGGAAAAGAAGGACGCGCAGUUCUGGAUUUAGGUUUGACUGGCAGAAAGAAGGAUGGAGUUUCUGACAGGGAACCCGUUUACUACACCGGUUGGCCAGCGAAUAGGUAAUGUUACAUUUUAACUAAUAAAGUAGGUUUAUAGCGGUUUGUAGCUAGUUUACAUUGUUGCAUCAGACAUGAUUCGCUACAAGACAUUGGUAGGCUAUGGUUGGAAAACAGACUCCAUAAAAUGCCACAAAAGGAAGUUGGCGUUAUUGGUUAUGUAUUUAAUAAGAAACAAAACUGUGACAAUUGCUUACUUAUAGUUAGUUAAUUGAUGAAGAUUGACAGUACAAGAACAGAUUAUGCUAUUACUUGACUGACACUUACACCGCACAAUAAUACCCUAGAGGCGGGUUUACAGUGUUUUAAUCCUCAAUUUCAUUGGCCAGUUAGGGUGUUGUUGGUGUUCUAUAGACCAAUUGUUUGGCAAGUUCUGGGUGGGGCGGUGAAAAGUUGUUUCCUUCCUUCGUGACCUAAUUUUAAGGGGGGGAUUUAUUAAAGGUCCUAUGCAGCCGUUUUAUCGCAAUAUCAAAUCAUUUCUGGGUAACAUUGAAGUACCUUACUGUGAAUGUUUUCAAUUAAAAUGGUCAAAAAUAAACAACUUCUUAGCAAAGAGCAAUUUCUCAAGCAAUAAUUUUGCUAGGACUGUGAGUGGGAGAGGAAAACUAGCUGUUAUUGGCAGAGGUUUGGAACUCUUUCUUAUUGGUCUGUUAACUAAUUUACCACAUGGUGAUAUCACCAGGUAGGCCAAAACAUUUCAGGUAGACUUUUCAAACAUCUCUUACACUAAAAGCGAAUUAUCAUCAUUUUCACAGUAUUAUUACCAUCUAAUAGUGUGAAAAUAUAUAUCAAACACAGGAAAAUCACAUUUUUGACUGCACUGGGCCUAUUAAGAAAUAAUUGAAUAACAUAUACUUUAGAUGUUUCAGAGUGAAUAACGUUGCUGACUAAUAAUUAAUCUGCUUGCAAACUUGUUUUUAUGUAGACUACAAGUGGCCUACUAUUUUAUCUUAUAAGCUUGAAAGCUCCUCCCUGUGACAUAAUUAUAGAUGGGAAUACUGUCUGCCUAUUUUAAUGUAUAUGACCACAAUGUGACAGUAAAAGUAGGAGAGGUUGUUCUACUUUCUCAACUGAGCUAAAUCCUGUUUCUAUCCCCUCCCUUUCAGAGGAAUGAAGACAGAACAUUUAAUUUGUUUCAAUAAACGUCUGCCAAGGCACCUGAUGCUGGUCACAUGAACCAGUCAGUUAGACGGAGAAAGAAUGAGUUUGACAAACAAACAGGGAUUUAACUCACAUGGAUGAGUAGAGGGAUCAGCAAAGUAGGCUAAUACACAACUAUUGAGAGUUGUGUAUUAGAAUGAUGAGGCAGAGACCGUUUCACAGUGACUAUUAUGUCGUCCAGAUAAAUAAAUGCAAAAUAAAGUGCAAUGUCUUAAUUGUUUUUGUUCUCAGAAUAUGCAACCAGCUCCAGUCUGCAGUCGGAGGACUGGGCCCUCAACAUGGAGAUCUGUGACAUCAUCAACGAGACAGAGGAGGGGUGUGUAUCCUCUGUUGACAUAAUGGACUGGUUUUUCCUUUGGCAGCUUACUAUAUUGUGCUCUUGUUGUUUGAAAUUGAUUGUUUACCUACAACGAUUACAGGCCUAGAGAUGCAUACAAAGCAAUAAAGAAGAGGAUUGUGGGAAACAAGAACUUCAGAGAGGUCAUGCUGGCAUUGACUGUGAGUGUAACAUUUGCCUCUCUCAUUCACCAUACUUUUGCCUUUUCUUCAUAAACAUGUAACCUGUGUUACAAGUUUAUGAAGAAACUCAAUCUAAACUUUCUCUCUCGCCCUCUCUCUUAUGUCCUGUUGGUUCUCAGGUACUGGAAGCGUGUGUGAAGAACUGUGGCCACAGGUUCCAUGUGUUAGUCUCAACCAGGGAGUUUGUUGAGGGGGUUCUGGUCAGGGCCAUCUUACCUAAGAACAAUCCCCCUCUGGUCCUGCAUGACAGAGUGCUCAGCCUUAUACAGGUGAGCGAUGGCAUUGUUACUCAUACCUUCAGUAAGUCACAGAGCUCACUAACACUGUGUUGGAAUUGACAGCUAGCUAUUGUCGGGCUGUGCUGUUUAUGAUCUGUGUUUGUCUAUUGUUCAGGCGUGGGCAGACGCAUUCCGCAGCUCACCAGCUCUGACGGGCGUGGUUUUUGUGUACGAGGACCUGAGGCGGAAAGGACUGGAGUUCCCCAUGACUGAACUGGAUGGAUACUCCCCCAUUCACACUCCAAAUAGGGUAUACCUUCAAACAAUGACUGGUGAAAAUGCAUGCAUGCAUUUCCUCACUGACAAAUACAGAGUACAACUUUCUGCUAAACCUCUCUAAAGCCGUUUUUACUCCCUAACACUAUUCUCUAACUCAAUUGGUCCCUGUGCUCUGUCCACCAGACUAUGCCUGAUAACGGGCCUACUGUCACUGUAUCUGCUACACCCUCAUCUCCCAGGCAUGUACCCAUAUCACCCCAGCUUCCUGCAUACCAACAGAGCGAGCAGGGACCCCUCACCUUCACACCUUAUCAGGUGAUUAGAAUGCUCAUGUCAUACAGGGGCCUCUAAAAUGGCAUGGCUUUUAUUUUAGUAACACAACAAUAUUUUGCAUGGAGGCUGAAUUCACUCCAGGGCAUUACUUUAAAAUCAAAUUACCUUGUGCACUGUGGAUGUUUCACAGUUACUUGUUUCACAUCCAGAGUUUAUGAUAAAAGUUUAUGCUUUGCAGUAUUAUGCCAACCCCAACCCCACACAAUUUAGCAUAUGAGUGCCGAUGCCAUUGACUCCUAUUCCAGGUUAAAAAGUUGAAGACAGACCUGGGAGUGGUUCGAGGUAACCUGACAGUGAUGUCAGAUAUGAUGUCUCAACUGGAUCCAGCAACAGCCAAGCAUUCAGACACAGAGCUGCUUCAGGUUAGUUGGUUCACUCUCUGGGCACGCUCUAUGGCUGUCCAUCCAUGGCUGUGACACAUGUCAUCUGUUUGUAUCCAUCUCUCUUUUGUCCAUUGCUGUCUUUUCGCUGACUCUCUGUAUCUCCUGCUCUCUCUCUCUCUGUCAGUAGGAGUUGUAUGCAGCAUGUAAGGACAUGCAGGAUAAGAUAAUGGAGCUGGUCCCAAGACUCAGUGAGGAGAAGCUGACCGAGGAGCUGCUGGUUGCCAAUGAUGAAAUCAAUGCCACCUUCACUCGCUACCAGAGGUAUUGUCCCAGCUAAAUGAUCAACAUCAGAUACAGUCAAUAAUUCCUGCUAUGAUAACAGUGUGAUUUUCAUUAUUUCCUUUCCAGGUUUCAGAGACAAAGAGCUACACAGCAGGUAAGUGUUUUUCUUAAGGAUCUGUGGUCCUUUACCCUCAUUUCUCAUCCAAACAUGCAUUUGUGAUAUGUACUGUUCAACUUCUUCAAAAAUUUUUCUCAAUCGCCCAGAGCCCGACCUACGUCAACCUUAUUGACCUCAGUGCUGCAAUCAAGCCUGUUGCUACAGCUCCCACCCACUGCCAUCUCAGCCGAUCAACAGUUGACACUGUGUCUAGUCAGAUGACAGGACUCAGUAAGUAACUACAGUGUUCCUCCAUCUGAUAGAGGUUCUCACUGUCCCUAUAGUACAAUUCAUUAUCUUUCCCUGUUUUCCAUAUAGGUAUGAGGGAAUUCGAUGAAUUUGCACAGAACAGGAGCAUCUCACAGACACAACAGAGACCGAGGUAAUAGGCAGCUCCAACAAAAUCCUAGGUUUUGCUUUCAUCGUAGAACGGAUUGUUCAGACUGAUAGCGAGUGUGAGAGGGAGCUUACAAAAGCAGGUCUCAGACUUUCUCCUGGCUUAGUACUGUAUAACAAAUAGACUAGUGCUAUGGUUCAGUCUUGUCACUCCGUGGCUUGUUUAGGUUAUAACAGUCCUGCUCCAGCUAAGGUGGUGCUCUAAUCUAAACAGGAAAUGAAUGUAGGCCUAUUGAGGUGAACCUGACUGGCUCAGGGUGGCUGCUUAUCUCUCUCAAGAUAUCUGUGCCAUUCAUUCUGUCAAUAAGGAUUAUGAACGGAGUCUGACAUGAACUGCAAGCGUACAUGGCUAGUGAGAAAACUGUACAAACAUUUGCAGGACAAAUGUUGAAGGAAUGCGUUCCUCCGCUGUAUUUGGUUUUCCAGUAGAAGUGGUUCAUACUAUGGCCAAUGGUUACUUGUGGAGAUGGCUACUACUGUACGUACACUGUAAAUUGCAUCAUUUUCUAAGCAGUGAAAUUUGUGUUUCAGUGAGCGGAAUGAAGGUGCUGCCGACAGUCUGGCUCAAGCUCAGAACACCAGAUUACAGAACACUGGAACGGUCAGUAACCCCAGAAUGAUUUAACCCAGGACCGAUUUGAAAGGAUGUCUGGUUAGGAAGGGCAUUGAUUGUGUCCAUAGAGUCCUUGUGCCCUGUGGAGUGUUACUAAGUGUCACUAAUGUGUACAAUAACCCUGUGUCUUAGUUAAUGUGUAGGUCUGCCCUGCCUCUGUAUGUGGAAAAAAAUAAAUAAAUCUGUCUGUUAACCUGCUACAGUUUCACGUGCAAAGUUGGCCAUUUUGUCAGUGCUAUAAGAGUUGUCUGUCUGCUUGUUCAUAACCCAAUGGUUUUGUGUUAUGGCAUGCAUGUCUACCGGUAUGUUUGUUCGUAAAUAAAAAUGUCUAUCUGUGUAAAGGAUGACAGCCCAGACCCCACCCCCCUCAGCUCCUCGCCACAGUUUGAUUGGAUGAUGGAAAAGGGAAUGGUGGGUCUGAUUGGCUGGCACAGUGCCAUUCCGUUUGUGUUCUAGCCUGUGUUUGGGGCUCAUGCUGGGAUAUUUUGCAUUCAAGCAUGUUUAGUGUGUAUUUUAAUUAAUUAUUGUUUCCUCCAUCUUUGUACUGAGAUGGUUGCAUGCUCUUCUUUCCUGUGUGCCUGAACUGGUUAUUUUUAGCUUGUCAAACAAUACUUAGAUUUUGCAUUCAUGGGUUGAGUGUUAUAAGUGUUCAUUUCUGAAGCUGAUAGGGAUACUUCGGGAUUUAUCUAUUUCCCCAGAGUCAGAUGAACUCGUGAAUACCAUUUUUAUGUCUCUGUGUCCAGUAUGAAGGAAGUUGGAGGUAGUUUCGUGAGCCAAUGCUAGCUAGUGUUUGCGCAAUGACUGGAAGUCUAUUGGUAUCUGCUAGCAUGCUAGUAGAUCGAUACCCAUAGACUUCCAGUCAUUGCGCUAACGCUAGUUAGCGAUUGUGCUAGAGUUAGAAACUUAUUUGAAAUGGCUCGCAGAGACAUAAAAAGGGUAUCCACAAGUUCAUCUGACUCAGGUGAAGUAGACAAAUGGCCUCAUUGCCAAAAUCCCGAAGUAUCCCUUUUAAAUCAUGACUCUUCAGAAUCAUUACUAGGCUUGCUAAUUUACUCCCACUCUCUGUUCUGUUUUCCCUGUCAUAACUUGAGGGUGGUGGAUCCCUUGUUUCCCCCUGUCUAAAAUAAAUGGGUUUUCGGGUUUGUUUCAAUCAGAAUACUAGGGGUCUGCAUGCUUGAAUGGUGGUUAUUUGUAGAUUGCCCAAGAAAAAUCUAGGGGUAACAGUGUUCUUGUGAUGACCAAACAGUGGCUUACAGUAAAUCCUGACAGUAACCUCUCACCCGACUCCCCCAGAUCCCUGUGAGUCAGACGUCUGUGAUGGAUGACAUUGAGAAGUGGCUGGAUGUGGAUGAGGUGGGUCACUAUUGGCAUUCACUCAAAAUGUAAUGGUAUACAAGCAGAGUCCAACUUGGUUCCAUGUUAUACCAGUGCCUGUCCUUGCACCCCCUUUCUCAUUUGGUUUUAUGGACUAUAGUGUACAGUAAAUGCAAAUGCCUGCUUUGUACUUUACCCCAGCAAAUGUAGCAUUCCUGGAUUCUUGAACAUAUUCAAUCUGCUUGCAUGAGCAAGUAGAUUUGUUUGGACAAAUGACUGUUGACGUGAACACAACAGACAAGGCUUUCAUGUGUGUUAUGUGUGUCACAGGAGGACGACAUGGCUGAUUCAGAGGGUGUGACAAGUGAGGGUGAGCUUCUAUUUCUUAGUUUCUCAUCCACUCCCUGGGUAUCGCUAUGUAGAUCCAACAACAAUUUUGUUUGCUUUCUUGUACUAUUGCAAAGUCCUGAGGAAUCCCUUUUUGAGACCCAACAAAGCCCUCCUAAGGCAACUUCUCCUUCUCCCUCCUUUUAGAAUUUGACAAGUUUCUGGCAGAAAGAGCGAGAGCAGCAGAGCGACUCCCGUCCCUGAAAGCUUCUUCUUGUGACAACAACCACUGAGUCAUAGGCCAAGCCGCAACCUGCCACAUAACCAAUGCCAUUUUCCCAAAUAGUGUGAGAGGACUGAACUGGCUGAAUGUAUGAUUGGCACAUACAGUGAGCAAAUGACUGGUGGGAACAAGAACUCCUGAAAAUAGGGGUGUGCUACUGACACUCAGGUACACUACAGUACUACUUUAUGUUAAACUCCCCUGGGUUAAGGUCUUUAUCUAAUAUGUUUAAUGUGUAUUUUUAUGUUAAGGCUAAAUUAACAUGGACCAAGUGUUUUUAACUUACACUAAACGAGUGCUUUAUGAUAAGUUAAAUCGUUCCAUGCCACUAUGUAUAUGGAUAUCCAUCAGCGGAGGCUGGUGGGAGGAGCUAUAGGAGGAUGGGCUCAUUAUAAUGGCUGGAAUAUAAUAAAAUGGAACGGAGUCAAACGUGGUUUCCUUAUGUUUGGUACUGUUUCAUUUAUUCCAUUCCAGGUAGCUUAGUGGUUAAGAGCGUUGUGCCAGUAACCGAAAGGUCGCUGGUUCUAAUCCCCGAGCCGACUAGGUGAAAAAUCUGUUGAUGUGCCCUUGAGCAAGGCACUUAACCCUAAUUGCUCCUGUAAGUCGCUCUGGAUAAGAGCGUCUGCUAAAAUGACUAAAAUGUAAAUAAUGAGCCCAUCCUCCUAUAGCUCCUCCCACCAGCCUCCUCUGGUAUGCGGAAUUUGCACAAUGAUUGAGUUUAAUUCAUGUUACAUUUCUUAGAAGAGAAUGGAAUAUGUCCAAUAUUUUCAGAUAAACAGAAAAUGCAGGCAUGGUAAACACAAUGGUAGUAGAUUGCAAUAAGCUAUAAUUAGGGGAAAUGGUUAGGAAAUGAAUUAUGUGAUGCUCAUGAUGAAUCCCAUGUGUAAUACAGAACACUUUUAGGAAGAGCAAUACAAA